AUGCAUUUGCCGUCGCCGAGGGAUCGUGCCGCGAUGGCGGGUACCGACCUUUUUUCAAACGUUCACGAAAUUUUACAAGAAUAUCACGGAGAACUCGUGCAAACCGGAAGUCCCGCGAUAUUAUGUUCGGCAUUACCCAAUCAUUGGAGAUCAAAUAAAUCAUUACCGAUCGCGUUUAAAGUUGUCGCUUUGGACGAUGUUGUUGAUGGCACUUUGGUAACAAUCAGGUGCGGAAACGAUGAAAAUUUUUGCGGGGAGUUAAGAAAUUGUACGGCCGUUAUGAAAAAUCAAGUUGCUAAAUUCAACGAUUUGAGAUUUGUCGGAAGAAGCGGAAGAGGAAAAAGUUUUUCUUUGACGAUUCUAAUAAGUUCUACGCCUUUUCAAAUAGCAACAUAUGCGAAAGCCAUAAAAGUUACUGUUGAUGGACCCAGGGAACCAAGAACGAAAACGAGUUUCGGUUACGGUUUAGCAGGAGGUUAUCCAGGUUUUGCACCUUUUGCUGUCGUACCACCACAAUGGUUAGAUGCUGCUUACAUGAGUUACGCAUGGCCAGAAUAUUUUAGAAGGCCAACAAAUACAGAAUUGUGUAAACUUCCAGUUCCUCCGUGUUCGACACUUUCAAAAGGAUCAUCCGUUCCCUUUCCACCGGAUAUACAUUUGGGACCUUCAAUGGCGACAUUUUCCCAUUCAACCAAUCCAACACCUACGAGUUAUUUAGGACCUCAUUUUUUAGGUUAUUCGACAUCUAUGGAAAAACUAUUGCUCCCUCAAUUACCAAAAUUAAACGAAACAAUAUUGAGUGGAACGAACGGAAAUUCAACAGCUCGCGUCAUAUCAUCGUCAUCAUCAUCAUCAUCUCCGGAAUCUAAUAAUAAUACAACCGGGAAUCAACAAAGGAUACCGAGUCCGGAAGAAAACGCCACGGAAAGUAACAAUACGUCAACGGGUGAAAUUUCCGAUAACAGUGAUAACGAAGAAACGAUAGACGUUGUUAAAUCCGCGUUCAGACAAGUUAAAUCAAAUUCUAGAUCUCAUCCUUAUAGUAGUAGUGGUAAAGAUUCGGGAAUUAUUCGGACUUGCAGAAAAUCAUCGCCGAUAAAAAGUGUGAGUGAAAAUAAAAAAAAACAGGAAACAGUUGUUAUAUCCGAUUGUUCGACCAUCACCACCACCACCACGACUCAAACUUCAACGCAACCCCAAAAAACGGUUUGGCGGCCAUAUUAA